CCCAACAAAGUGGCAGCCAGAAAACUCGGCAGAGCAUCUCGCUCGCGCAGCAGAGCACACGGCGCGCGCAAGAAGGAGAGGGGUGAAAAAAACCACCACGACCCCAUUCCGUUCCACCGCGCUCACCGAUCGCGGCGGCGGCAUCAGGAGCGGCGGCGAUGGGGAAGGGGCCGUCGUCGUGGGCGGCGUCGCGGCACCAUCAGUUCCGCGUGCGUGCCAAGACCCGCGUCGACGACCUCCAGGAGAUGUUCUCGGGCCUCCAGUCCGCGCGCAAGGACUCCCGCCCGGCCGACGCCGCCGUCCUCGAGGCGCAACUCCAGCAGAUGCUCCGGGAGUGGCGCUCCGAGCUCAGCGCUCCCUCCCCGGCCUCCUCGCUCCAGGGCAACACCAGGGAGCUGUCGGAUCCACCAUCGGAGACUCUGCGAUUGCUGCAGCUGGCGACGGCCGAGGAGGAGGACGACGCCACGAGCAAGCUGGUCGAGCAGCAACAGCAACAGCAGCAGCAGCAGCCCCCUCCCCCUUCCCCGCCCCCAGCCAACCAGAGCCAGGGGCACGCGCUGGGUUGCCAGGACAUGAAGCCGGAGCCGCGCGAGGAAGCAGUUGACAUCGCAGUGGCGCAGCCACAGCCGCAGCUGCUGGGCCAGGGCGUUCUGUCUAAUGUUGCUCCUGCCGCGGCUGCUGUGUUCCAUGAUCAGAUGUACUAUGUGAAUCAGGAGCUUACGGUUGAGGAUUUUCUUUAUGAUGAUGAUUACAAGAUAAACCUUUCUGGGUCUAAUCCUGAUGUUCUCAAUAACCUGGAAGGGAUUGGUCAGCUGGAAUUUCCGCAGUUCAAUUUUCCGCAAGAGUUACCCCCUAAUGUUUAUCUUGACAUGAGUAACUGCGGACAGAGUACCGGGGAUGUUUUCCUGCACAUGUCAGAUUUGCUCACAACAAUGACUCCAGCACCUUCGGCAUUCCUGAGGCCAAAGUGCGCACUCUGGGACUGCCCCAGGCCUGCUAUCGGAUCAGAAAGAUGGCAUGAUUAUUGCAGCAUGUAUCAUGCUGAUUUAGCUGUGAAGGAAGAGGGUCCUCCAGGAACAAUGCCUGUGAUCCGUCCAAGAGGCAUUGACCUGAAAGAUGGUCCCCUGUUUGCUGCUCUUAGUGCAAAAAUCCAAGGAAAACAUGUUGGGAUUCCUAUCUGUGAAGGAGCUGCAACUGCAAAGUCCCCGUGGAAUGCACCUGAACUUUUCGAUCUCUACAUUUUUGAAGGUGAAUCUAUCAGAGAAUGGCUGUUUUUUGACAAACCAAGGAGGGCAUUUGAUAGUGGAAAUCGAAAGCAACGGUCCUUGCCAGAUUACAAUGGCCGUGGUUGGCAUGAAUCAAGGAAGCAGGUGAUGAAGGACUUUGGGGGUCUGAAAAGGUCCUAUUACAUGGAUCCACAACCAUCCAACAGCUAUGAAUGGCAUCUCUAUGAAUACGAGAUCAAUGACUGCGAUGCUUUUGCCUUAUACCGGCUUGAGUUCAAAUCUUCAGAUGCAAAGAAGAGUGCUAAAUCAAAAGUAGCUUGUAAUCCACUGAAUGAAAUUCAGCUGCAAAUGGUUAGACUCAGUGCAGAUAGUCCUGUGGACACCAAACGGACAGCCCGGGGUAGGACAAAGGCUAACCCGAUAGAUAUCAGUACUAACAUCUAUUCAGUUCCAAACACCACGGUUCAAGCUAACGUUCCAAACGCUUAUCAGCCAGUGUCACAGGUGGACCAGAUGACAUAUUUGAACGGCAGUGUCGUUUAUGGACCUCAUCUGCCGCAUGGUUACUCGGCUGAAAGAAGCGACUUCUAUUGGAACUCGAAUGAUGGGACAUGAACCGACAAUCACAUUUGAUUUAUGGCAUAUUGUGCCUUCAAUUUCUAACACUGUCAGCUAUGAUUAUUGGGUCUACUCUAUUAGCAUGACCCCCUCCACCCCCAAUCUUCUUUUAAUUGUAUCUGGUCCGAUCUACAAGAGACCUCUCUGAAACAAGGGAUGUCAAUGCUGCAGUUCUCAUUUCUGCAGUAUCUUUGACUCUGUAAUAUAGCUUAGUAUCAUGAAAAUAGCGUCUUGGUGCGCAGUCGUAUGAAAUAUAAAUCUCCUGGUUUGGUGGACGAGUAAUCAUCAGUCCUGUUUAUGCA